AGGACACCAAAGGCGCUGCGCGAUGAGUUGGGUCUGCAACGUCACGCCCACUUUCUUCAUCAACCAGAGCUUCAACGCCUCGCCCCCGACCUGGCACCUGGACGGCGACGCGGCCCUGAAGAUCUCCCUGAUGGCGCCCGUCGUGCUGCUGUCGGUGUGCGGGAACCUGUCCGUGAUGGCCGUGGUGUACCUGAGCGCCUCCCUCCGCUCCACCGUCAACUACCUGUUCGUGAACCUCGCUGUGGCCGACUUCCUGUUUACCGUCUUCUGUUGGCCGUCCGUCGUCAACAGAAUCACGCACCCCGUUUACGUCCUGGACCGCUCCAUCUGCAAGAUGAAUGUCCUGGUGGAAGUGACUUCCGUCACCGUGUCCGUGCUGACGCUGGUCGCCGUGGCCUGCGACCGCCUCUACGCCGUCGCGAUGCCCCUCCGCGCCCGCAACGCCACCGCCUGCCCCUCCGCCACCAUCGCCGCCAUCUGGGUCGUGUCCGUGCUCGUGGCGCUCCCGAGCUUCUACAUGAGGGACCUGCAGAUCGUCCAGUGGAGCGACUACAGCCUGAAGUCGUGCACCGACGUCGUCCACAUGUGCACGGAGGCCAUCCGCCAGGCCUUCCGCUACUACCACAUUCUGCUGAUGUUGAUUCUGUUCUUCCUGCCCGGCGUCGUCAUGGUCCUGGCCUACGCCGUCAUCGUGUGGAAGCUGUGGUGCGUCAGGGGCUCCAGCCUGAGCGAGAACCAGCCGCAGCAGCACCUGCAGGCGAGGCGGAAGGUCGUGGUGAUGACGGCGGUGGUGCUGGCCGCCUUCUUCGUGUGCUGGUCGCCGCUCAACGCCAUAAUGCUGUACAACCACUUCAAAAAAGAACAGCAGGAGAUGCCCAAGUGGAUCGAGGCGGCCCUCUUCUGGGUCUACUUCCUCGCCUACUUCAACUCCGCCCUCAACCCCCUCCUCUACGGCGGCUUCAGCGACAACUUCAGGCAGGGCUUCAGGCUCUUCUGCCGGACCCUGUGCAGGACAAGCGGCCGAGCCGAGCGCCCGUCGUACCAGGCGCCGGCGGAGCACCACACGGUCACGCUGCGCCUCUCCAACACGCUGCAGAACAGCCAACACAGGCGAGCUUCCUCCGCCAAGACAUGAUCGCCGGCUUGGCAGGAGCAGGCGAGUGACGCCACACGCGGAGCAGAUUCCAGCCGCCCCCCGCCGCCGCAGCGCCCGGCGACCGCGGCCACAAUGGAAGCAGCGGAUGCCUGUGCGGGGCCGAGGGCAGCAGGGUUAAAACAUUUUAUUUUAUUUUGCAAGAGAUAUUAGCUUUGAGUGUGACAUUGAGGGCGAUGUUGUGUUAUAUUCCUUGUGUGUCUUUUUGAAAUUAUAUUCUAUGGUGGUCAUGUAUCAUGUUCUUAACACGAAUGUAAAA